AUGGCCACGAAGCAGCCUUUGAAAACGACUUUCGAUGUCGAUCGCGUUAUCCGUCCCAUAUUCACCGGCGGAUCCGUGUCAAUUGACAACAAUGCGCAAAUCCUGGCCACGACAAUUGGCGAGGAUGCCAUUCUCACGAACCCCACCAAUGGUCGACAUCUUGGUGAAAUUGAAGGAGACGGAGAGCUCAUUUCAACACUCACUUUGACACCUUCCGGUUCGCAUCUCAUCAUCUGCUCUCGAUCACUGUCCAUGAGGAUAUUCUCACUCAAAAAGUCGGUCGAUGGAACCUCUAUCGAAUCCUCUCUCAUUCGAACUCUCAAGCCCCAUGGUACUCCGGUUGUAGUCCUCGCAGUCGACCGGACAAGCACACUUCUCGCCACGGGCGGCACAGACGGCGCGAUCAAGGUUUGGGAUAUCGCUGGGGGGUAUGUGACCCAUACCUUUCGCGGCCCCUCUGUUUUGGUAUCAGCUCUUCACUUCUUUGAAGUUGCUUCUCGAUCUCAGGACUCUGGGCGCCCUCGCAAGGGAAAAGGUCAUUCGCGAGGCGACGACGGCGAGGAAGAAGAUUCAAACACCACUAGCUUCAGGCUCAUUUCCGGCAGCCAGGACGGAAAGGUGAAAGUAUGGGACCUGAACAAACGAACCUGCAUCGCAAACCUCGACUCGCACGUCUCCGACGUUCAAGGCCUGGAUUAUUGCCCCACACAGCAUGCUAUUGUGACUGCCAGUCGAGAUAAGACGCUUAUUUGGUGGGAUGCCAAGUCUUGGAAGAUCCGAAAGGUUGUCCCUUGCCUCGAACUUGUUGAGGCUGCUGGUUUUCUUGACGAUGGAAACCUGACAUAUUCGGUUGGUGCUAACGGUUGCCUUCGUAUUUGGGACACCGAUACGGGCAAAGAGCUCACGCCAAAGCAAGCGGGGAAGAGCGAAGAAGAGGCAUUCGUGACCGCUCUGUACAGACCCAACCUUCCCUUCAUCCUCGGCGUUCAAGUCGACCACACGUUGGCUCUUUACAAAUCCCCGACCAAGGCUGAGUCUGCCUCGCUCUCUGCGCCUGAGCCGUUCCGUCGCAUUUCCGGAACUCACGACGACAUUAUCGAUCUUGCCUACAUGCUACCAGAUAGCUCCUUGCUCGCCUUAGCUACAAACUCCGAGGACAUUAGACUGGUGUCUAUCGUGGAACCUGACAGAGACGACUCUUCUUCGGCGUGGGACAUCGAUAACGCGCCUUAUUUCGGCCAAGACAUGGCAUUGCUAAAGGGACAUGAAGAUAUUGUGAUCUCGCUGGACGUCGAUUGGUCUGGCCACUGGAUUGCUACCGGCGCAAAGGACAACACAGCGAAGCUUUGGCGGAUUGAUCAUGCCAACCGAUCUUACACAUGUUGGGCCACCUUCUCAGGUCACGCCGAAUCCCUCGGUGCCGUGGGUCUCCCUCGCACGAUACCACAGGAGAGCUCUCAGGCCUUCCAGGAUCCCCUCUCUCACCCUCCUGCUUUUGUGAUCACUGGUUCCCAAGACCAGACUAUCAAGAAGUGGGAGGUGCCUCGUAAAUCGCAGCAGCAAGGUUCGAAAUUGGGAGCCAAAGCACUCUAUACUCGAAAGGCACACGACAAGGACAUCAACGCCAUCGAUGUUCAUCACUCCGGAAACCUAUUUGCUUCAGCCUCUCAAGACAAAACCGUGAAGAUCUGGUCUGUUGCCGAGGGCGAAGUGCAAGGUAUUCUACGUGGCCACAAGCGAGGUGUUUGGUCAGUACGGUUUUCACCCGCGAACUUGCCUGCGCUGCAGAGCGACGAUGGCCCCGUUACAGGUAAGGGCGUCGUCCUUACAGGCAGUGGUGACAAGAGUAUCAAGCUCUGGAGCCUAGCUGACUACACCUGUAUUCGAACAUUCGAGGGACAUUCCAACAGUGUAUUGAAGGUCGCAUGGCUCGGUAUGCCCGCCAAGGGUGAGCAGAAGAAAUCGGUACUGUUCACUAGUGCUGGUGGCGACGGCCUUGUGAAGGUUUGGAACACAAACUCUGGUGAGACAGAAUGUACUUUGGACAACCACGAAGACAGAGUAUGGGCUGUUGCUGUACAGCCAAAGACGAAUAUGAUUGUCUCUGGUAGCGGUGACUCGACAGUUUCAUUCUGGAAGGAUACCACCUCAGAGACACAAGCUGCGGCAUCUAAGGCUGCACUCGAGCUGAUUGAACAAGAGCAGGAGCUGCAGAACCACAUCCACGCAGGCUCUUAUAGAGAAGCCAUCACACUGGCAUUGCAGUUGAACCACCCUGGGCGGCUGUUAUCUCUGUUCACUUCGGUUGUUACUGGAGAGAAGAAGGAUGAGGGUAGCUACACCGGCUCACGAGCUGUGGACGAAGUCCUUGGCAAUCUUUCCGACGAUCAGAUUUUCCUCUUAUUGCUCCGCCUACGCGACUGGAAUACCAAUGCACGCACUGCACCUGUUGCACAGAGAAUUCUCUGGGCCCUGGUGCGCAGCUACCCGGCUUCCAAAUUCUCCAACUUGUCUGUCAAGGGCGCUCGCGGACAGCAGAGUCUGAAGGAUAUUCUGCAAGCGUUGAGAGUUUACACCGAAAGACACUACAAGCGCAUGGAGGAGUUGGUGGAUGAAAGCUAUCUUGUAGAGUACACGCUGCAGGAAAUGGAUAACCUUGCUCCUGUAGCAGGCGACGAUGAGCCCAUGGAGGAUGCCGUCCUGGUCGCAUAA